UUUUGGUAUAGUUUUGUCUACAUGUGGCCGGAAGUUGAAGGCUACAGCACAAUUUGACUGGUGAACCUCAUUGCUUUCGGUAAUACUCAACUCAACUUUUAAAAAGCUAAUAGCAGCGAUCUACAGAGCUAGGGUUUUGAUCAACUGCUUUCCCAUCAGGUCAGAUUUGAAAAUGGAUGACUCAGAAAAGAGACGGAUGCCUGACAGUCUUUAUUUAGAGGUGUCCACCGAAAACAAGGAGCAUGUUUUACCUCUACACUCCUCAAUCACGUUAUUUCUUCUUUCCUACUGUGAGAGCACAUCCUUCCGUGUGAUUCUUCUGUCCGCAAAAUCAGGUGACCAGUGGACCUGGGUAGGUGACUUAUCCUCAACCCUUGCAGCAAACCCGAUACAGCUGCCAGAACCACUAGGUGUAGUUGGAGCUUGUAGGUUGCCAGCAGUGUUGGAAGCAGAUGGAAUGUAUUGCAGAGCAGGGUUGGCAGUGGUGUUAAGACAUGUAAUACAGCGUACCAGCAAAGACAAGCCUGGUCACCUGAACUUGACUUCUUUGCUGGGGUUUAAGAACACCUGCCUGAAGGCAUGUGCAGAGGUGAGUAAGUGGACACGGCUGUGUGAGAUUGACAUUCCCUCGGCAGUGGAGGAGCACCUGAGCAACCCUACAGAGCAGGCCCUCUGUAUUCCUCCUGCUGUGUUGCACUUGGAGAAGAGACUGGACGAGCCUGUCAAAGUCCAUAACGAUGACAAGCUGCGGCGACGGAAGCUUCAGCAGCAGGCAAUCAGUUCCAGUCCUUCCACCUUAAAAGAAGAAAGGUCCAAUCCCGCUCUAAAACCCUGCGGAGUCGAACUCAGUGCUGCUUUGGCAAAACUCACCACCGAUGAAGUUCCUGAUGCUGCCACUAAGAGGCCUCCUGAUAUAAGAAGAGUGAAAACGACACAACUGCCAAAGCUAGAGCGUCAUUUUGCUGAGGGACUCUACUUCACUCUCACCGAUGUUGUCCUGCUUCCCUGCAUCCACCAAUACUUAAGUUCUCUCCAGAAGCAUGCUCCUCAUGCUCUCUCUCGUCUCCCACUCCUUGUGCGCUGGUACUGCCAUGUUCAGGACGUCCCUGGGGUCCGCAAAGCUGCUGAGACCUGUGGGAUGACUUUAUUUACGCCACAGCCAUCUGAAUCUGUUUUGCUCACACCAGAGAUUUCGACACUCGGUGAACUGGAGCUCGAGAGCACCCAGCCAGAGAAGGUGCCCUUCGUUGGGGGUCCAAGGCCCACGCUCACUAAACUUAAAGAAAGUGGUGUUGAAGCAGUAUAUUCUCCCCAUCCCUGCCCAAGCUGGACCGUCCCGUGGGAAGACUUCCCUACCGCUGUCAACCCUACAACUGGGGAAAUGUCAGAUACUCGUGCCAUACGCAAAUGCCAGCAGAUCAACAACCUUGUUGCCAUGGUAACUGAACUGGUACAUCCCGGAAACACCGUGGUGGACUUCUGUAGUGGUGGGGGUCAUGUUGGGAUUGUGCUGGCGUCCAUGCUACCUCAGUGUCAGGUUAUUCUGGUGGAAAACAAAGAGGAGUCUCUUGUUAGGGCCAGGGAAAGAAGCGUCACGCUAAACCUGACGAACAUUAGCUUCAUCCAAACCAAUCUGGACUACUACAUUGGAGCCUUCCACAUCGGGGUAGCACUACAUGCAUGCGGUGUUGCAACAGACAUGGUUCUGCAACGCUGCGUUCAGGCAGGAGCAGCAUUUGUAAUAUCUCCCUGCUGCUAUGGCUUCAUUCAGAACACACAGAAGUUCACCUUUCCUCGCAGCCAGUUAUUCUCGAAGAUACUGGAUUACAAGGAGCAUAUGAUCUUAUGUCGGUUCGCAGACCAGACAGCGGUCCAGCUGCCGGAAGAGCGCCGUGUAAUUGGGAAGACCUGCAUGGGUUUGGUGGAUCUUGACCGAUGCUGGCCUGCAGAGUCUCGGGGCUAUACAGUCAAAGUGAUGACCAUGGAACCAGAGAGCUGUUCACCUAAAAAUAACAUGUUGGUUGGCCAGCCAAGUCAAAAACACACCAUUUCUGGCUAGCUGUGAAAAGACUUACCUGACUGAAAGGAGCUAGGCUGGUGCAGACCCUUUAAGGCCCAUCAACAAGCUUCUACUUUUAGUCGUGUACAGCUACAAGUAACAGUUAGCCUAGAUUUGUCUUGUAUCUGCAUAUCAUUUUUUUCAUUUUGUAGUGAUUUUCAAGAGAGUGCCAUUUUUGUGGUUUGAAGUGCUCAUAAAAGAAGGACACAUGAAUAGUACAAUGUAAUUAUUCUGCUUUUAUGAUGGUUAGGUUGGAAAUGUGUUUUGCCUGAAGAUGUUUUGGUCUCCAAAAAUCAAUUUGUAAUAAAGAUUACUUUUUGUAUUUUGCUUUGAAA